AUGACAUUGGCCGAGCUCGCUGGACGGCUGUUGAAGGGGUCAGGCCACUCGCAGUCGCAGCCAGGUGCGAGCCCAUACUCAGACACUCGCCCGCCCUUUGAACGAGUGAGCGAUCCACCGUUCGUAACGUUUCCUUCAACAGGGGGCAAUCGAUCUAUGGGUGGUGGAGGCACGGCCAACAAUUCUUUCGGCGAACCCAAGGCAUCAUCUCUACAUGCACCAUCGUGGGGCAAAGUCCGUCCUCUAUCCGACAUUCGUGAGCUUACUGAACCAAGCCUUGCGGAUCCUAUACCGCGGAAGUUACUCCCAGACAAUAACCUACCUCGUAGCACAUCUCGACCAGAGCUAUUACGGAGGCCUUCUGCGGCAUCGAAGCGUCGCCCUAGCACCGAUACUCGACAUGGCGAGAACCGAGAACCGGAUAGAAAAAACAGCAUUGACAGCAAUGGCGGCAGAUCCAUGUACCGAUGGCGAGCCUCUAGAACACCAUCACCACCAAGUCCUGCAGACAGUGUCUCCAGUAUAUACAGCAUUCCUCCUGGCAGUGUCCCUCCUCGCUCUUCCUCACGCGCACGCACAUGUGGUGCUUCACAGACUCGACAGGCUUGUGGGAAUCUGCCAUCGUCAUCUACCCAUGGGCUACCUAAAUACACUGCAACACAUACAAUACCUACAAUACCGCAGCAGCCUCCCCUAGGAGGCUUUGAUCACGGUACUCGACAUGGUCAAUCUCUAUCUCCUGUACGCCAUGUUGCUACGCGAAUAGACCCUACAUUACAUGGCAGCAAUCGAGGCAUAUAUUCUGAAACAUUUAUCCGCAAACCGCUUUCGAAAGAGCUCCUUGAGUUCCCAUCACAUCGCCAUCCUCGCAUCGAACUUGGGCUAGACCUAACAGCUGGCAUAUUCGUGGGCGGGGGGUCAAUCGAAGGCACUGUACAGAUCAGCAUUGACGACGCAGAGCGAAUACGUCACAGACGGACUCUGGACAUUGCCCGCAUAUCAAUUGAUCUUCUGGGCAUGGAAGAAAUGAGUGGAAACCGAAAAUCUGUUUUUCUUAAUCUUGCCACAGAACUGAUUGACGAAGACCAUCCGCCACCUCAACACAUGGUCUACGAGCAAAAACCGAUCGGGUCCAACAAGCUCUUUUGGCACCUCAUGCCCUCCAUCACCCAUCUUGCUUUCCGUCUGAACCUCCCGCUCAAUGUCGGCCCUCCGCCGUUUCAAUCCAAAAUCGCGCGUAUCCGAUACACACUUUGUGCAUCGCUUCUGAUUCGGGACCAUGGCAAGCAGUACAUCGUUAGAACCUCGGACGAUGUUACCGUUCUUUCAGUGUAUGAUCCCGAAAAAGCUCUCAUGUCUCUCCCCAGCCCUCUCACAGCCUCAGACGAAUGGGUCAGAGCUCGCGACAAUACUCUCGACAUUGUGCGAGUCACGGCUGGUCUCCACAGACAGGUCUGGGUCAGUGGAACCAGUAUCUAUGUUGAUGUGCACAUCGCAAACAACAGCCGCAAGGUCGUCAAAAAGAUCGAGCUUCAGCUAGAACGGGACAUACUAUGCUAUAAGCACGCCGCUGCAUCGACCAUGGAAAGAUCCGCUGGUCAAGCGCGUAUUUUUGACAACAAUGAGCGUUCGAUCCUCAGCAAGAGUGUAGUCAAGCAGGGCGCUGCCGGGUGGCAUGGCGUAGAUCCCCAUCAUACACACAUACGCACCUGUGAUCUGGAAGUGCCUCGCGGACAUGGUACGGUCAAGUGUGGUAAAUACUUCGAAGUCCGCUACUUCCUCAACGUCAUUGUGGGCAGCGCGCACUCGAGACUGGUUACUGUUCAGCUACCAAUUGUGCUUAUACAUAUGAAUUCCCUUGACGUAGUGCCAAACUCGGUCGCCCAAGUGGCUCUGGCUAUUGAAGAAAAGCGUACCACGUGUGUGGAUCAGCGAGGCAGUUCCCCAUCUGCACUGAGUCGUAAGCGUUCGCAAUCUGUCCAAGGCCGUGCUUUUGCUGCACCGCGGAUGCAAUCGCUAGAUCGUAUGCGAGCACAAGUCGAGGAUUUACAGGAGCUUGGUGAAAUACUCAAUCACAGCCCUCGCAAAUAUGCUAUGCGCCGCCCGGACUCGGACUGGAACUUUCAUACUCCGCCUUCCAACCGUAAGGGCAGGGUUGUUGAUGAUGGUGUAGCGGCAGAGCUGCAUGAUCGAUUGCAAAGAGUCCGCUCCAACGAGACGAUCGGGUCAAAACAGAAGGCCAAUCUGAACCGUGGCAACUCAUCAAAGUCGAAACGUGCUGAAUCGGCGCUUGGAUUCAGAGAAGCUGAAGUCCGAGACGAUAUGGAGCUCGCCGGUUUAGGUGUAUCCGGCGAAGCCCCUUUCAAGCAGCGACUCGAGAGGAGCCGUUCACGUCAGUACCAGUUUGUCAAGAAGAAAAGUGUCGAGAGAUGGAAAGGCGUGGCAUCUUCAGGUGUGGGUUGGCUGAAGGGCAACAAUGGUGGCAGCAAGGACGAACAAGAGCGUGAGGACUGGGUCUGAAUAACCAAUCUUCUACUCAAACCAUUCGCUACUCGUGUAGAUACUGGAAGUUAGUCCCCUGGUCAGACGGAUCUUGCAUACUCUUGGAUAAUACUAUGUAUUGCUUUGUAGGCCUGUCCUGUGGUAGUCCAUCUGCGUGUG